GUUUAUGUGCCUGUUCCACAUGAGAAUGAAGUCCUUGCUAAUGUUUUGAUGGAUUGUUUGCUUGAAUGGAAAUUGCUCAUAAAGUAUCCACAAUUACUGUUGAUAUUGGUAGCACUGAUGAUGGAAUAUUUGAGAUUCUUGUGGAUAGGCUAUCUGCUAAUGGUUCACUCCUAUUAAAUGGAAAAAUGCUUCAGAUGCGUUGUUGUGCGUCUGUUCUAAAGUUGAUUGUGAAAGAUGGUUUAGAUGUGAUAGGAGAAGGGAUUGAGAAUAUUUAUGAUAGUGUUCUGUUUUGGUCUGCUGGAUUGAAAAUUUUGAAGAAGUAACUCGCCAACUAUGCAUUCCAAGUUGUAAUUAUUCGGGACUUUUUAGUAAGACUCGAUGGGAUUCUACAUAUUUGAUGCUUCAAACAGCUUUACCUUCCAAGGAUGUAUUUCUUAGACUGAAGCAUAGUGAAAAACUUUAUACUUGUGUUCCAUCCGAGGAGGAAUGGGGACUAGCACAGGAAAUUUGUGAUAAAUUGAAGGAGAUUCAUAGUGUCAUUGAUUUUUGCUCUGGAACUACCAAUACCAUUGCAAAUCACUUUUUUCCGAUGGUUUGUGAAAUUAGACAGAGAUUGUAUAAGUGGGUUAUGGAUCCUAGCAAAGUGAUUAGUAAGAUGGCAUCAGAUAUGAUGGAAAAAUUUGAGAAGUAUUGGAGUGGCUGUCACAUGAUGGUGGCGACAGCAGUUGUACUUGAUCCAAGGUAUAAGAUGAAGAUGGUUGAGUAUUAUUAUUCUCUUAUAUAUGGUCAAGAUGCCGAAACUGAAAUUGAAAAAGUUCGAAAAUUUUGUUAUGACUUACCGCAUGAAUAUGAAGAUCAAGAUAGAUUCAAAGUUCAAAGGGCAUGCAAUUCUGGUGCUACUUCACCUCAUCGCGAUUCAAUGCUUGUGGGCAAUUAUGAGCCAGACUUUCUAUUGGAGUUCGACUUACUUGUUAAACUAAGUUCAAAUAAUGGGCAUGUGAAGUCCGAGUUAGACUGUUACCUGGACGAGAAAGUUCUGCCACGAACACCAGGUUUUGAUGUAUUAGGUUGGUGGAAAAAUGUUGGCAUUAAAUAUCCGAUUUUGCAAAAGAUUGCUCGGGAUGUUAUGGCUAUUCCAGUAUCUACUGUGCCAUCUAAAUCGGUAUUCAGCACUCACGGCAAGGCGGUUAGUACUCAACGUAGCAAACUUGAGCCAAAGCUUUUAGAGGCUUUGAUGUGCUCAAAAGAUUGGUUAAUGAAAGAUAUGGCAGUUACAUGUUCAACAGCAGAACCAAGUUGUGCUUCCGAAAUUGAUGCUGAUGAUGAAGGUUUCAACUGGUGGGAAUAGCAGACUUGAGCCAAAGACUUUAGAGGCUUUGAUGUGGGCAAAGGAUUAGUUAUGGAAAGAUAUAGCAGGUAACUUAUUUAAAUUCAGACAUUUUUCUACUCAAUUUUCUACUAAUAAAUAUAAUGCAAUUUUUAUGUUUUAUGUAUAUGUAUGUAUAUAUUUUUUAUAUUGUAGGUGUGGAACUAUUAUGCUCGGAACCUUUGAAAAAUAAGGUCUUUUAUGUUCCAACUGUUGGUGUAACUUACGGUGUUUGGACUUGUGUUAAUUUGGUGUUCUGUUUCAAAGACUAGUUAUUAUGGAUAAAUUAUGUUUUUAUUUGAGAUAUGUAUGGGUUGUGAAC